AUGGGGUUGUCGACGUAUGAGCAGCAAGCUGAAAGAUUGAUGAGUAAGUCAGCGACGACGUCGAUGCGAUUGGAGGUGGCAACGAGCGUUCGAGACGGAAUAGAAAUCGUGCACACGAGUGAGUACGUCAACUUUCUGAAGAGUUGUUUCCCAGCCUUCAAGGAAAUCCUGACGAAACACACGUCACCUACAAUGGAGGACAACGAGAUGAACGCGUUACGCCACGUAGUGUACGAAAUUUUGAACAGAUUGCCGUUUAACGAGGUGUUGCGGCCGUACGAGUCGGAGCUCCUGGACCUGGCGCUGGAGUCAUUGCGCGAAGAAAACGAGAAGAAUGCGCUGCUGUGCCUGAGGGUCAUCUUCGAUUUGCAUCGAAACUUUCGACCGACGAUGGAUAAGAGGGUAGAGCCGUUUAUACGUUUCGUACACGACGUUUACGAAGGAUCAGGGGUCACCAUUGAUGAGCUUUUGGGUUCGAGCGGCUCGACUCGCAAGCGCGGCAAGUCAGAAGAAAAGCUCCCGGCGCCGUGCGAGCUUCCGAGCCAUAAGUCCUUCAAGGUCAUGAUGGAGUGUCCUCUUAUCGUGAUGCUGGUGUACCAGUUGUACAAUCGAGACAAGUUCAUUCAACAGGAAGUGGAGAAAAUGAUACCGCUCAUGGUCAAGUUCACCGGGCUGCAAACGAUCGAUAUUGAUUCCAUGUCAGCAGGGCAGCGUGAGUUUUCGAGCGACCUGAAAUCGGCUCAGGUGAAAACGAUCGGCUUCAUCACAUUUCUCCUUCGAGGAAACUCCGUUUUCGUCGAGCCGCAUCACGAAGAGAUUUCCAACGCAAUUGUUUCUUUGCUGAGGACGUGCCCGGACGUGGUGGCGACUCGCAAGGAGUUACUCAUCGCCACUCGUCACGUCCUUAGCUCGCCUCCACUGUGCAAGGGGUUCUUUCAGCAUCUUGAUUUGAUGAUGGACGAGGACGUUCUCGUAGGUACCGGGCGGAUGUGCAUCGAGAACUUGCGACCUCUAGCGUACUCUUUCCUUGCGGAACUCGUGCAUCACAUGAAGGCCGAACUCACCCUGGAACAAAUUCGUCGGGCGAUUCACAUUUUCAGCCGUAACAUGCAAGACGAAACGUUGCCAUUGUCGACGCACAUGACCUGUGUACGACUGAUGCAUCACUUGGUGGAGUCCGUCUUCCGUAUGCGCACCGAUGCUUCGCGAGCUACGGAGGCUCGAGAAUUUUUGGUUCGCAUCAUGUAUGCGACCGUCGCAAAGUUCAGGACGUUGCGCCCGAACAUCCCGGAGUUGUUGAAAACGGCGAGUGGCUUGGAAGCUGCCGUCAAAGCGAAAGCGUCGAAGAGAUCAAAAGAUGCAAAGGCUGAUGGUGUCGCCGAGACGGGCGCCACCGAGACUCCCAAUAAGAGCGCUAGCGAGAAGAAGGAGAGUAGUGAUGAUCCUGAACCCGAUCUUCCCAGUCACGAGAAACUUCGGUCGCUUUCCGACAAUAAGGCAAUCAUAAAGACUCUGACGAUUGGUAUGAAGACGCUGCUUUGGAGCAUUACAAACUUCAAUGGAUCUGAAUCCGUGGACAUCGGGCUCAACCGAUCAGAGAUUAAGCGCGCUUCCGGAUUCAUUCGAAAUGGAGUCAAGUGCAUGCAGCUGUUCAAUGGGACGGAGUGUACGGAAAUGUGCACGCAUUUUUCGGAGGCAUUGUUGGUCCUUGAGCCAAGGAAUUUCGUCGACAUGAUGAGCUUGCAUUUCGAUGACUUCUUCGCGGGCAUGUUAGAGCUCCCGACAAUGGUCCAAGUGCCUCACCUCUUACUACAGAAUACAAAGUUGUGCAGAUAUUUUGCAGACGCAGCGAUGACUUAUUUGUUGGAGAAGAAGCUGGAAUGUCUGCGCGAUCAAUCCUCGCAAGAGGCUCAGCUAGUGCUCAAGCUGUUUUCAUUGCUUCUGCACGCAAUAAGUAAGCAUAGUCACUGCGAAAGUGUGCUGAGCACACAUGUGAUUUUCAUGAUGGACGCGUGUCUAAAGGCGAUCAGAGAAAACGAUAACCCGUCUGCGUACGUUAGAUUGCUUCGAUACUUGUUUAGAGCCAUGGCUCAAGCCAAGUUUGACGUGUUGUAUCAGGAAGUGGUACCGAUUUUACCGGCCACACUUGAUUGUCUCUUGGCGAUGUUGAACGGUCCAGAUCCGCUCGAACUGCACGAUACUGUCGUCGAACUGUGCCUGAUUUUACCGGCGAGGCUUUCUUCCAUUCUUCCGCACCUACCGAAACUGGCCAUGCCUUUGUGCAGGGCGCUGCGCGCGCAUGCGAAUGAGCUGAACCUACUCGGCCUGCGUACUUUAGAGUUCUGGGUUGACUCGCUCAACCCUGAAUUCCUCGACCCAUGCAUCGCUGAAGUGGAGUCUGAGUUAAUGCUUGCGCUUUGGGCGAUGCUAAAGCCGCAACAGAGUGGUUCGCCGUUCGGUGCCAAGGCUAUGCAACUGCUUGGGAAACUGGGUGGUAGGAAUCGAGCCUUCCUGAAGAAUCCUCUCAAGCUGGACGCUAAGAGCAAUCCUGAGCACGGUCUACGCAUGAUUUUGAUGUUCAAGCCCGAUACGUCGUUUUUGGUUCCGUUGGAUCGAUGCAUUGUGUUGAUGCAGAAUAUUUUGACUACACCGAUGAUUCCUAAUGUCAAGCCCUCAGAGGCGCUUGUUCGUCACAGGCGUCAAGCACUCACCUUCAUCAGAACGUGCUUGGUAUCGAUUUUGAACUUGAGUGCGGCGCGUGCGCUUUACGGAACAGUAGAAGAGAUCGAGAGCGCCUUAGAGGCUGCCAUAUCGAAUGGGUGGGGUAAGAAGUGUGAAGCGAUGACUGGCGUCGAGGCGACGCCUCAGUUGGGCAACAAGACAAAGGGCCAGCUCGUGGCUGAGCAGAAUAUCUUCAAGAGGUUGGUCGUUACCGUCAUAGCGGCUGAGUGUGACUUAUCACUCAAGGAAACUGACGAGAAAUUUAUGGACAAUGUGUGUGAGCACGUGGCUUUGCUGUUUGUGAACAGUGCUACUUGCACACCCGGCGAAGAUACGGACAAUAUGGAUCACGAUUCGGUCGAGCGACCACGCGCAACCAACUUAAAGGUGCUGGAAACUACAUUGUUUUUGGACGCGCUCAUGACCUCAUUCGAGUCUACCAAGCAGAUUUAUCUGACGGCCACAGUGAAGGCGUUAGCCACUUUCCUGGAUGCAGUUUUGAUUCUGUCCAGAGAUGAACUCCAGUCGCUGCAAACAGCUGACGAUAGCUUAGAGAAACAGAGGACACCGAAGUCCAAAUCGAAGAAGAAGACCGAUAUCCACGAUGACGAGAGCCCUUACCCUAUAUUGGCCAGUUUAGUCGAGGCAGUCUUGCCUCGAUUCGUGCACUGCUGCUACAAACGAGAACCCCAUAGCAUCAUAGGUGGCGUUGAAGGUUUCAAUUUGUUGAUCGAGCGGUUGCCGACGUCCAUUUGGCGACGACGCUUGCCGGAUAUUUUGAGCGCUAAUAUCCGCGCCAUUCAACUUCUUCCAGCCCACGCACCUGCACAGAAGAAACGAGUCGAGCAAGUGUUCCUGCAACUUGUCGAAAAGUUUAUUCCGGCGGAAGUUUCGCCUCGAGGCGAUGACGCACCUACUGGCGUCGACGCUGGGGUGAGUGUGCUGGUUGAUGAGUUGUGCAACUUGUCGAGUACGUGUGCGUCACGUGCGGCUAUAGAACGCGCGCUUUUGGGUAUUUCCGAGCGAACAUCAACGCCUAUGGACACCGUGCUGUCGAUUACUGAUGAGAAGCUGAUGACGGUGUUUGAGAGACCUUUGCUAACGCGGCACGUGCUCUCCCAAAUACAAACGGUGAAGUUGAUAAACUUCUGCCUGAACGCGUCGCCGCAUUUAAUCACUUUCAGGGACAAAUGGGAAAAUAACCUUCGCGCAUUCAUCAAUGAAGCGCUUACGAUCGCUGAAGUUGAAGAUCCAACGAUUAUGAGUGUGGAGACGAGAGAGAACGAGGCAAUGUCCACCCUUCGGCAGUCAUGCGUCCAGCUCAUUAGUAGUGCUCUCAAAGCCCCAGAGUUUUCGGAUGCAGAUACCGCUGAAGAGCUCACGGUGAUCCGCGAGCGUAUCUCAACCGUGCUGUUCACGAGUCUGACGUCUCGCAACAAGGUGAUCGUAGAAAUCGCGAAGAAAGGUUUGGUUGAGGUGAAACCGUACAUGAACAAGAACACGCUCAAGCAGUCGGUGAGUCCGAUCUUGAUGAAUUUACAGCACCUCUCGAAGCUGUCGGUGCCGUUGCUGGAAGCGCUUGAAUAUCUUCUUGAGUUGCUCGCUGAGUGGUUUAGCCCAACACUAGGUGAGAAACUACUCGAGCACAUCAAGUACUGGAUAGAGCUGGAUUUCAGCGCCCCCGCGGUUCCUGGUCAACUGCGAAAGUCUCCGAAAGAUGCUAAGUUGAUUGCUGCCAUCGUCAACUUAUUUCACUUGUUGCCCAAAUUGCGCGAUAAAAAUGAGUUGAAACCGAACGAGAAGCGACUGCUACCGUUUGAUUUCAUAAAACCGCUGGUGCGCGAUAUCAUGGUCAUCGAGUCAACCAUGCCUCCGGCGAGCGUCUACAGCUCCGCGCACUCGCUGUUUAUUGUGCCGCUCACCAAGUUUUUGAACCGGUAUCCUAAAGAGUCUGUCGCAUACUUCUUGGCGCGCCUCGAUCAGCCAGAACACUUUGCGCGCUUUGUGAGCAUACUGAAGCUGCCCGAAGCUGCCGAUCUCCUGAAAACCAUCACUUCAAGUUCAUCAAAACUCUUGCACAUCAUCUUUGGCGCUGGAAAGGGCGAGAUGGAUGAGAUUGAUAAAAUCGCGGUUGAAGGCGUCGAGCCGAUUGAGGAUACAAAGCUCGCGUACUACAACGGGUUGCAACUUCUGGCGACAAUUGCAAAGCUCAAGCCUGAUUGGUUACCUAAGGAGAAGGCAAUUUUGAAGCAACUCAACGAGUGCUGGGAUAGCAAUGACAGGGCGGCAACUCUGAGCGACGAGAGCAAGGUUUCACUCCCGGCCAUGAUGGAAACGAAAUAUCUCGCAAAGUGUUUCCUUUCCAUCGUAAAGAACGAUCACUCGCAGGUCGAGAUAUUGUUCAAGAUCAUCUCGGUGCUGUGCACACGUAGUUCUGUUGACUUCACUUUUGUUCGCGAGUUUGUCAAGAACGAGGUGGUAGAGAGGUACACACCUGCCGAACGCAACGCGGUGCUUAAACAAUUCUUGAAGGAGUUUGCCGAGCAACUCGAAGCAAUCGAAGAUGCAAAUCCUGACCAUGUGACGUGCUCACUGAAAGUUAUGGUGAAUCCCAUGCUCGAGAAAUCGCUCACCGAUGGACGUGAUGAUGACGGUGAACCAUCGGAUAAACUUCUCGAGAUCGUGACGGAUGACUUUGUGAGCGAGCUCGUGACGGAUGUAUUUGAGCCGUCUGACGGAGGCAACGAUGCACUGUACACUGAGUCCGUCCUUAUUCAGUUGCUCCAGCUAAGCACACUUCUCAUCCGCUACGUGCCCAAGACCCUCGUGGAUCAUCGCAAAGAGCUCAUCAAGUUUGGCUGGAACCAUUUGAAGCGCGAGGAUUCCUCAAGCAAGCAAUGGGCGUUCGUCAACAUCAGCUACUUCUUACAGCAGUAUCAAGCUCCGGAAAAGAUCAUACUUCAAGUGUUUGUGGCAUUGCUUCGAGCGUACCAGCCGGAGCAGAAGGCUCUGGUGACUGAGGCGUUGGAUGCCCUCGCGCCAGCGUUGCCGGUGCGCCUUCCUCCGGGUGAGCACAAGUAUCCGAUUUGGAUUCGAUACACGAAGAAGAGUCUCAUCGAAGGCGGGCACUCUCUUCCGCAGAUCGUUCACAUUUGGAGCUUGAUUGUGCGUCAUGCGAAGUUGUUCUAUUCCUCGCGAGCGCAGUUUGUGCCACAGAUGGUCAACUUGCUUUCUCGUUUGGGUUUGCCUACGAGCUCCUCACACGUCAACCGAGCUCUCUCUGUCGAUUUGGUCGAGCUGAUCAUCAACUGGGAAAAUGACCGUGUUUCUGGCGCUGGAUUGCGAACGGCGAGCGAGCAGAUGAAGCCCGGUAAACGAAAGGCUAAGCAAAGCCCUGAGAAGGAGGAAGAGGCAUCGCCGCCGCCGCCGCGCGGAAAGAAAGCAAGCAAGAAGGCUAAGAAGGAAGAGUGCGAAGCAAAGUCCGCGGGUAGGUCCACGCGUGCGUCGCGCUCGUCGAAAGCUCCCAAGGAUGACGAUGACGACGAUACCGCCGACGAAAUGAUGAGUGAUUUGCCUGAAACGGAAACGCUCAAUUCAAUGCCGUCGAUUGGUGUCAUUGACGAGGGCUUCAAACCGUCACCGGCCAUGGAGGAAAUCAUAGUCAAUUUCCUCGUCCGCAUGACUUUUAUCACGUGCGAAGGUAAAGAGCAGGAUUCGAAGGAGCUCAACACGCGCACGGUCGAACUUCUAUCGACUGCUUUGGAGAUGUGGCCGUCUGCGCGCAUCAAGUUCACGUUCGUUGACAAGCUCUUGACUUUGGCAAACCAGUCCAACCGCGACCCGACGUCUACGCUGUUGAUGAGCCUUUCGGUGCUUCGAAGAGCAAUGAAAAUUUCUGAUUACAAGUUUUUUUCGGAGAAUGUCGAACAGACGCUUAGUCUGAUAGAACCUUGUCUCAGUUCGACGAGCGAAAGAGCGCACUCACUUCUUGCGGAAGUGGUCGGUAUGGCGUUUGAUCGUUUCAAAUCGAAGGACAAUACCGAACCGGAGAGCUGCGAGAUUCAGUUGCGACAUCAGCUCGAUAGGGUGUACACAAGAGCAAUUGCAGAUGCUACGGUAUCGAAAAGUCUGCCGAAUGCCGAGCACGCCAGCACAACGCUCGCGUGUACCCUGAAGGUGAUGGCAACCGAAGGUGCCUUGCGCACAGCUAUGAUCGAUGAAAACUUGCCAAAAUUGAUGAAGGUUCUCGCACGUCUCACCCACGAAUUAAACCAAGCGUCGGCGGCUGGAGACAUUCAGCCCAUCCACCCAAAGCGCGGCCAAACGCCGCCAGAGGUCGUUCAACCAGAGUAUGGCAGCGUUGCAAACUGCAUGGUUAUGUGCAUCGACAUCAUUUCCAAGAGAGUCAUCAAUGCCGGUUCAGAGCAGAAGCAAAUCUUCCUCCGAUUGUUGUUGCAACUCAUUAAUGACAAGUCGACGCACGGAAACGUCUUAAUGGCCAUUCUCGAUGCCAUGAUCGCGUGGGCGGAUGAUUCCACCCUCGGAGAAGCAGUGUCGGAUGAUGAGCGCAACAGUCGAGUUGGUAGUCUCAAUGCGAAGGAGACGGUCUUGUUCUUGUCAAAGCUGGCACAGUUGACGCGCAUGGGUCUUGCCAUUACCCAGACGCAAGAGUGGGAGGAGAAACUUCUCAACGUUACUUACAAGCUGUGCUCUGCAGAAGGCAAACAUGAACCGGCUUUGAGAAGCGAAGUAUUCCUCAAGGUUGAGCGCUUGCAUCUUCUUGGGUUGCGCACUCGUCGUCCAGAGCUUCGAAAGAAAUUCUUCUCCUUGUAUCAUGAGGUCAUCGGAAAAUCGCUCUUCCAACGACUGCAGUACAUCUUGUGCAUUCAAGAUUGGGACGCGAUGGCUGAUACGUUCUGGUUGAUGCAAGGCUUAGACUUGAUCCUCAGUACGCUUGCAGAGGACGAACGAAUCAUGCUCGCCCCGAACAGCGCGCUGAUUUCUCCAUUGUUACCGAUCGAUCUGGAGACUAAGAAUCCGUUGCCGGUUCCAUCCAAACCAAAGAACGCAAAAUCAAACUCUCCUGAACUUGAUGAACUUAUUAAGAGGCACGCGAAGUUCUUGCACGAAAAGUCGAACAUUUCUGUGAAUGAUUUGAUGACGCCUCUUCGCCAAGUGGCGACGCGCAAUGCACACAUUGCGUACUACCUGUGGGUUUUGAUCUUCCCGAUCGUGUGGGCAACGCUGCAGCGCGAAGAGCAGCUACAGCUAGCGAAGCCGAUGAUUGGUUUGCUCAGCAAGGAAUCGCACCUUCGCCAAGCGGCCGUGCGCCCGAACGUAAUUCAGGCCUUGCUCGAGGGUAUUUCGCUUUCUCAGCCGCAGUUGAAGAUACCGAGCGAACUCACCAAAUUUCUUGGGAAGACUUUCAAUGCCUGGCAUACUGCGAUCGCGUUGCUUGAAAAUCACGUCGUGCGUUAUCCGCAAGAGGCAAGAUGCUUCGAUGCGUUGAGUGAACUAUACCGCUUGCUAAACGAACAAGACGUGCUGGCGGGUCUCUGGAUGCAACGCUGUCACUCGGACGUGACGCGUGCAGGUCUCUCUCUCAGUCAGCACGGGCACUGGCAGAAUGCUCAGGAGGUUUUCUUCGAGGGCAUCCAACUUGCCACGGCCGGACAAGCUCCUGGCGUCUCAAAGACAGAGAUGUGCCUUUGGGAAACGCAGUGGUUGAACUCCGCCAUGCAACUAAAUCAGUGGGAUCUCAUCUCGGACUUCAGCCGGACCGUCGAACACAGUGAGUUGAUGGUGCAGAGCAUGUGGCGAUUGUCUGAUUGGGCCGGUGUCAAAGAACUUCUUCCGAGUGGGGCGUUGAACGAGACGGAGGAAACUCCUGAAAUUACGACCGUUCGCGCGUUCGCGUCACUUGUGAGUGGACGUGUGCGAGAGGCUGAGCAACACUGGGCAAACGCCGUGAAGUCGUCGCUCGAUCGCUGGUGGCGCCUUCCAGAGACAGGAUCCACGUGCCACAUCCCAUCCCUGCACGUUUUCAACGCCAUUGCGGAAGUGCAAGAAUCAACGCGCAUUUUGCUUGAGCUAUCAAACACUCAGCGCCGAGGCGCUCAAGGUCUUGCAAACAAUCGCACACUCGUUCAGGAUAUCAUGGAAACUUGGCGUCUGCGAACUCCGAACGAAUGGGAUCAAAUGCCUUGGUGGAACGAGAUCCUGAUGUGGCGCGGUAACAUGCACAAUAUUAUGACUCAUGCCGCGAAGCAAAUCGGAGAACAGAACCCGGCGAUGCUUCAGGUCACUCAGCAACUUGACCAACUAGGCCAGCGUGAGCGAGCGUGGAGCUUGAAUAAGUUUGCGAAUGCCGCGCGCAAGCAGAACUUGCCCGAGGUUGCGCUAAACAUCUUGAACCGUCACCAAGGGCAAAUUGAAGUGUCCGAGGCGUUCUCGAAGCUUCGAGAGCAGUGUGAAUCAUAUCUUUCACUCGGAGACGAAGCCGUGACCGGUCUCAACCUUCUUGAGUCACAAAGCUUGGAGUUCUUUGCUCCGCCGCAAAAGGCAGAACUCUUCCGUCUUCGAGCCAAGUUCCAAGAGCAAAUGGAAGACUAUUCUGGCGCAUACACGUCGUACGCAACGGCCGUGACGUUGUGUAAACAGCUUGCCGAAGGAUGGAUAUCUUGGGGACACUUCUUGCGCAAGCACCGAAACGAAGGCACGGGACUGAUGCAAGCGACGACGUGCCUCCUCCAGGGUGUGAGAAACAAUGUUCAAGAGAACCGACACGAGUUGCUCCACGUAGUGCGCAUGCUGGCGUUCGAUGCAAAUACCUCGGCAGUCGGGGGAGCGAUCAUGCGACACCUCGAAUAUCUGCCCAAGUGGGUGUGGAUUCCGUGGAUUCCGCAACUCCUUCUGUCUCUUGGGCACAACGAAACGCAGUACGCGAGGUCGAUUCUUCUGCAAAUCGUCGCUGCCUAUCCGCAAGCGCUUUAUUAUCAACUUAGAACAUCACUACUCGAACGUAGGGAUGCAGCCGCCCGGGCAACUCAAACUGCUCGAAAACUAGCGGCCAAAGACGACGAAAAGGGUAAGAGCGAGGCGAAGGCAUCAUACGCUGAUAUCCAAGCCGCCGCCCAGCGAGCGCAAGAGGCAACGAUCGCGUUCGAAGCAGCGAAGGAGGUCAUGGAGCAACUGCGCGUCAGAAACACGAAUCUUGUUGGUGAGCUUGAAGUGCUGCUCAGCGAAUUGGGAACGCAGUUCGCUUGUACACCGGAGGAACGCUUGCUUGUCGUCGUGUGCACUCUGUUGCAUCGAUGUUACAAGUAUCCUGCGGCAACGACGGGUGAAGUUCCAGAGAACUUUAAAAAGGAGCUAAUCGGCGUCUACCAAGCAUGCUUCAGUGCGGACACGUCCGUCAAACAUGCCGACUUCGUCAAAGAGUACAAAGCGAGUUACGAGCGCGAUUUAAAUCCGGAGCAGAAGACUUUCCCCAAAACCGUUGCCGAACUCAUGUCAAAGCUUAAGGGUUGGAAACAGCGGCUAAUGAACGACGUCGAGGACAGUUUACCCGCGUCGCUUCGUCUUGAAGACGAGUCGAUGGCCCUUCGGCACGUUACGUUCAACGAAAUCGAAGUGCCAGGGCAGUAUGCCAACAUUUCAUACGGUGUCACGGAUCGCUUCAUGAAGCUCAACCGCAUCGGAGCUGACGUGCACAUUGUGCGACGAAACGGCAACUGCUUCCGUAGGUUGGAGUUCCUUGGCACUGAUGGCUCGAUUAAACAGUUCAUCGUGCAAACGUCGCUGACGCCCGCAGCGAGAGGAGAAGAACGGAUGUUGCAGUUUCUCACCAACCUCAACGAUGUCUUUGCCAAGCACGCGGAGACGCGACGCCGGAACAUGUGUUACUACACCCCGGCUAUCAUUCCUGUGUGGCCGCAAGUUCGCCUUUUGGAAGAUGACGACAAUCAUGGCACGUACCAAGAAGUGUACGACGCGAACUUUGCGCGCUACGGUCGAGAAGCGGAUCUUCCGAUCACACUCUUCAAAGCUGCACUCGACCCCGCCAUUCUCGGUGAAGUCACGGGCGCGGAAGACGUCUUGGAGCUGCGUCUCAAGGCUCUCAUGGAGAUUACACAAAAACAUGUCACCGAGAAUAUCUUCUCUCAGUACAUGUACAAGACUCUUCCGAACAGCUCCCACCUCUGGACGUUCAAGCGGCAGCUUUCACAACAGCUCGCGAUGUCGAGCUUGCUCUCAGCGCUCCUGCGCAUUGGUGGACGAACCCCUCAAAAGAUUGCUUUCGCCAAAGACACGGGGAACAUCUUCAUGCUCGAUUUCCAUCCCACGUUCGACUCUAAUGGAAUCGUUGAGUAUAUUGAACCUGUGCCGUUCCGCCUUACGCGGAACUUGCACACGUUUUUCACUCCCUUCGGCGUCAAGGGAGACUUCGUCGCCUCCAUGGCUUCGGCUGCGCACGCAUGCAGCGCGCCCGAGUCGCAACUGGAGGCCCAUCUCGAGCUCUUCUUCCGUGAUCAGCUCAUCUUAUGGCCGUGGCGUCGCAUGGGUGCAGCACCGAACGUUGCACCUAUCGAUCCGUCACCGACGGAUAUCAACACAAUGGCGCUCUCCAACGUACAAGAGGUUCUUCGCCGGUUGUCCAUUAUCGCGCCCAUCCCGCCGCCCGGCGCGUCCGCCGCGGACACCGUCCGAAGCGUGCAAAAAGCCGUCAUGCACCUCGUCGACGCCGCGCUCAACAUUAGAAAUGUCGCCCGCAUGGAAUCCACGUGGGCUCCUUGGUUUUAG